AUGUCUACUAGAUUCAACUGGAAUUCCGAUGUCUUACUUCAAGCUCGACGAGAUAUCGAAAGCGACAUCGACAUAUAUGCACGCGCAAUACUCGACCUCAAGUCGCGUCUCAAUACGCUCACCCCCAUAUGCAGACUCCCACCUGAGCUCCUAUCGGAGAUACUGGUGUAUGGGACAAUGAAAGCGUAUGACUCAACUGGGCCGUUAAACACCGGCGGUUUCGCUUGGAUCAGGCUCGCGCACGUUUGCCGUCACUUUCGCGCCGUCGCGCUGAACACCCCUCGAUUCUGGAGCUACCUACAGAUAACAAAAGGCGUGACCUUCGCCGAGCUUGUCGCGCGAUCCAAAAACGCCCCGCUCCACAUCAAUGCCUACAUCCACUUUUCGACCACAGCGGACCGCAUCCUGUCACUGGACGUGCUCCUGCAACACUCCCACCACAUCAAGGAGCUUCUACUCGACAGUUCCGUUGAGGUUAUCCAGGGCUUCUGCGCUAAAGCCGCCUCCGGCUUUACUGUACUCGAGAGGCUGCAUUUGUCCGCUGGGUGGUCUAGCGCUCCCUAUGGCAGCGGCGCACCUCCACCGGUUCCCAUCAUCGCUUCUGCACGCCGGGACACGCCGUCGCGGCUCCGCCAUCUCAACCUAUGGAGGCUCCCGUUUCGCUGGAGUGACCCCGUCUUCUCCUCCCGUAACCUCACCACCUUGGUGGUCGUGGGAAAACAGGCCGGAGAACGCCACGGCGCUGCCUUCCGAGACGUCGGCUCCUUCGACGACCUAUUCUCAGCACUCGUGGUGGUCGCUCCUCGUCUGAAGGUUCUAGAAAUCACGGACGCUCUACCUGAACAAGAGCUCUCCACCAUCAGUCCUACAGAGCUUCCUCGCCCUUCCCAAUCCAUCACAUUCCCCAUACUUGACUCCUUACGUCUUGCAGGCGGUCCCCUCGCCCUCGCUCAUCUCCUCAACCAUCUCUCCAUAACAUCGACAGCAUCGCUUCAUCUGACAGCACGGCACGGUCUCGGCGGCAAGGAGCUUGCGCAAAGCGUCAUCACAAACUUUCCGGAGAAAUUAUGUUUACUCGCACUAUGCAUCACCUCCCCGGAGGAUGGUUCCCUGCUCCUGUCCGGCUGGACGCACGCUAGAACAUCAAGCGAUUUGGACGAAAACGCACCCUUCCAAAUGCAUUUCAGUACUGAACUCUCUUCGGUGAUGCUCCUACUACCUGUUUGUCAAGGCGCGGGGAACUUGUUCGCGCACGUCCGGGAACUCCGACUCUCGGGGACGUUCAUGCAGUCAACGUGGGCCGGCGCGUUUUCUCGCUUCGCGGGCGUGAAGACUUUUAUUGUGGACGAACAUCCUCACGGCGACUUCUUCCAGGCGCUCUCAACCGUGGACCAAGUGCCGUUUCCCUCCCUCAAUGUCCUCGAUCUCUCCAGAUUUCGCUUCAGCCUAACAGGGUACGUGGACCAGCCCUUCGAGGACCUCUUGGAUUGGGCAAUUUUCCGCUGCAACUCGGGCAUCCCCGUCGACACCAUACGGCUACACGGGUGCAGGUACGCGAGCGCUGAGCGCAUCGAGGCGCUGAAAGAGGUCGUAGUCGAUGUGAAGUGGGACGACUGGGAGAGGGAGAGCACCACCGAGGAGGAGGACGAGGGCUCGAGCGACGAGGGUCUCAUCGAUCCCUGGGGAAAUCGCUACACCGACUAUGAUGAUUAUUAGAUUGAGGGGUAGCGUUUCCGCUCAGCGCUCAGACGAUGUUUAC